AUGUCGAGUCUCCCGCCGUAUUCGACGUUCCGGACGGACAACAAGCAAAUGAUGUUCCCACAGGCAACGUCUCAUGGGAACAUCCUUACCUUCACUCCGCCUGGGUUCCGUCACUCUCUCAAUGUCAAGUUUCCAGACUCUCGGUUGGCUGUGUGCGAGAAAUGCAAGAAGAACUUCAAGACCAGGGACAUGUGUCGGGUUCGCAAUGCGCACACUUCUGCUCCAUGGACAACAGCUUUUAUAUGUAUCACCCUGGAUGCAUCUUGCACGGAUGAGAAUGGAAAGUACGUUGACAAACCGCUCACUGUACGAAUGGUUCAGUGGCAACCAUACUGCAUCAAGAAACCGUUUGAUCCCAAAACUCCUGUCUGUGCUGCUUGCAAAAAGACCAACCGGACGAGAUCUUUCUGUCGAGAACGUCACAAGCAUCGUCAGCUUCCUUGGUGUACUGUCUACGUUAUCUUGAGUGCCCUGGACCAGACAGAUCCCAAUACUGUAGUGGCUGCUCCAAGCAAGUUGGUUGGAGGAUCUAUUGCACCUGGUGGAACCACAACGCCUACUAAAGAAGAGGACAAGGGAGAUCUCAAGGCUGAGGAUGCUGACGCUGGACAGGAUGCUGUGACAGGAACCCCGGCUACUUCCUCUUCGUUUGAUUCUUCUCACACCACUGUGCCAACCUCCGAUGAGUCCAAGAGCGAAAAGAAGAAGAGAAGCGACGAAGACGGCGAUGAUAUAAAUGACAUUGCAGAGAGUCGUACCUUUCUGGCUAAAGUAUCAUGCGAAUCAACGACAAUACACUGGCUAGAAAUGGCAGAGUACGACGGGACAGAGGCUACUCAGUUUCCUGGAUAUGCCAAUACAGACGGUGCAGCAGCGGCAGCCGUCGCCGCCGCCCCGCCCCCUGUGAAUCCUGCAAUGCCAGGAAUGGAUCCAAACCAGGCACAGUAUUAUGCUUACGCAGCACAACAGCACCAGCGUGCACUCAAGUCACACCAGCAGUAUUUCUUUCAAAUGCAUCAACACAGUCAACAACACUAUGCUGCGUGGCAGGCACAUUACCAAACAGGACAACCGGUUGCUGUGCAACCUGCUCCAGGACCACCUCACCAUCAUGCCCCACCUCAUCAUCCAGCACAACCGCAUCAUCCUCCGCCCGUGGCCCCUGCUCCGCCUCCAGUUGCACCCCAUCCGCAGCACCCUCCCCCUCCGCCGCCAGCGAGGCCUGAAGCUGAAGCUCCGACAGCAUCACCACCAGUGACUGCAGGGGAAGCUGCGGCACAACAGCGAAGGACGUAUGCUCAGCCAGGUGUACCGCCACCGCCACCGCAUCAGGUAUACUCGCCCCAUGCCGCACCUCCACAUCAUGGAGCCCCUCCGCCUCAUGCCGCACCUCCACCUCAUGCAUACCCCCCACAUGCGGCGCCGGCUCCUGCUCCCGCUGAUGCCUCGACGCACCCUCAUCCGCACGCAUCUCCGCAUCAGCCACCUGCGCAUCAACCGCAUCCAUACCAUCAGCACCCAUACGCUCCACCGCCGCCGCAUCAACAACACCACCAACAUCCACCCCCGCAUCAUGCUCCACCACCACAUCACGCUCCACCAACACCUCAUCCUGAGCACCAACCCGCACAUCACCACCCUCCAGAUACUCAAGCAUCUGAUCGACCUGAGGAAGAAGAAAACCCUGCAAAACGCCAACGAAUCUAG